AAGCCCGGAAAUGAAGAACUUUGGCCGGGGCUUGAACAUCAUCUCUGUCAGUGAGAAAACAUUUGAUGUGACAGAUAUUAAAACAUUUGACACCUAUGUGGAAGAUUCAGGGUUGAUUAGAUUCCUCAAGAAGAUGCCAGCAGAGACAGUUGUCAUCAUGAGCAGUUACGAUGAAGUCUCCUCAAGCUUGAAGGAAGAUGGGAAAAGAUGGCUAAAAUAUUUUGGGAGUUCUGGAGCUGACAACUUGCAGUUCCGUGAUGGCUUCCUAAUGAUUGGCCAGAAGGGGCUGAAGGAGGGCCAUGCCAUUGAAUAUGUUGUGAAGAGAAAGAACAAUCAAGACUUCUCAGAUGUCAUGGAGAAAGCAGGUUGUUUUUCUCUGCCAAUGGGGCCUAAGCGAGACCUACAGCAGCUGUUGCCACAGGUGAUUCACCAGAAGGAGAUGCAGCUGGGUCCGUCCGUCGCCAACUGUGGGGUGCCGGAGUCCUGCGGACCACACUCCUUCCCUGUCAGCGUCUUCUCGGGGGAGGGAAACAAGAUUCAGCCAGAGAUCUGCAUCAGUGGCCAUCUGAUGAUGACAGAGAAUCUCAACAAUGGAGGCCGGGGGUUUAACGUCAUCGUUGUUGACCCAGACACUGGUGUUCCUAAGAUGAUGUCACGAGUGGACACCUACACGUAUGACAGCACGGACUUGGAGAUACUACUGGAAUCACUGGCAGACAGGGAUAUCAUCAUCUCCCUUGUUGCAGACGACGGCGCCAAGAAACUGGGUUAUAUGGCCAGGGAGUUGCUGAACCAGAUGGGGAGCGGACUCAUCCAGAACCUCCGCUUCAGAGAUGUCUGGUACUUUGUGGGACAGAAGGGCAUUGAGGGAUUCACCCAGCUGGAGCAGAUCAGCUAUGCAGGAUUUGAAGGUGAAUGGCCAAGGGCUGUGAAGAAAUCAUUCUGUGUUCCCAGAAAACUUAAAGGUCAGAAGAUUGUCCCGGAUCCUGAUGUUUACCGAAAUGAUGGCAGGAGGGAGUUUUGUAAGAAAUAUGACGGAUACCCAGAGUUCUGUGACCCUACCCAUGUGGAUGAUUUCCUGAAGCCAGUAGGAGUUGUGGACAAAGCACUACAAAACCAUCGCAUCUUCUCCACACCCAUUAUUGUGGUGCCAGGGUUGAACCACAAUGCUCUGGUACGGACUCUGGAGACGACGCUGAUGCAGCCGGGGAUGAAACCAGACAUGGUGGCUGUGAUGUGGGAUGAGAAAUUUCCAGAACAUGGAGAUCUGGCUGAUUUGUUUGGCUUCAGGAAUGCCAGCUUGAAAAGCAGCGUGCAGUAUUAUGAGCAAAUGGCCAAAGCUAUGAGAAUGAUAGAUGUGGUCUAUCCUGAUUCUAGUCAUGUGAUCGUGCUGGAGGAAGAGCUGCUGUUGGCUCCCAACUUCCUCCACUUUAUGUCCCACUUCCUCCCGGUGCUGGACGCUGACGACAGCCUCAUGGGUGUCUCAGCCUGGAACUAUAAUGGUUUUGAGAAGUUGUCAGGAAACAAGAAUCUCAUCUACAGGGUGGAGGAGUUCCCCGGACUUGGAUUCCUUCUGAAAAGCAAACCAUUCCUGAAAAUACUCACGUCAUCCAUACACAAGUGUUGUAAAGACAGAGCAUGGGCGGGCUGGCGUCUGAGUGUGGACUACAAUGGAGAGAUCCUCGUCCCAGACAUGUCUCGGGUCUUCAGACAGCCUUAUCAAGGAGCAGAUACAAGUAAAGAGCUGAUAACACAGUUGUUUGGAAAACCCAGAACCACACUUCUAGAUGGACCAACACCAUUGACUGGGAUGAGUAACUUGACGAUGGUCUCGUAUGAGCAGCAGCUGAAACACAACAUAGCCAGCAGCGUCAGCUUCCCCAUCACUGACCUUCAACUCUGUGUACAGAAGGUCAAGGACUUUGAUGUGAAAAUCUCCACAGAUGAAAAGUAG